AAUUUGAAUUCAAAUAAUAUAGAAUGCUCGUUAUUCCAAGUGUUUAUAAACUCUAUCAUUAAAUUAUACAAAUAUAAUGGUUUACGAGAUCCUCUUAUAAAUAAUAAUUUUUAGCAUAUAUACCGUAAAUACUGGCUUCAGUUCAAUUACAUAUAGAAGGAUGGUUAGGUUUUUAGCAUUGAAAGGUUUCUAUGAAGUUGAAAGGACGAUAGGAUGUGGAGGUUUUGCCAAAGUAAAAUUAGCCACACAUUUAGCUACAGGAGAAAAAGUUGCUAUAAAGAUCAUGGAUAAAGCUUUACUUGGAGCAGAUUUGGCUAGAGUAAAGUUGGAAAUAAGUGCUUUAAAAACUGUGUCCCAUGAAAAUAUUUGCAAAUUAUAUGAAGUAAUUGAAACAGAGACACAUAUGUUUAUUGUUAUGGAAUAUUGCUCAGGAGGAGAACUGUUUGAUCAUAUUGUAGAGAAAAAUCGUUUAACAGAAUCGGAGAGUAGAAUGUUCUUUAGGCAAAUUGUCUCAGCUGUAGCAUAUUUGCAUAGUUUAGGAUAUGCUCAUAGAGAUCUUAAGCCCGAAAAUAUCUUAUUAGAUAAACAUCAAAAUCUGAAGUUAAUAGAUUUUGGUUUGUGUGCAAAACCUGAUGGAGGUAUGCAGAAUCCUUUGUACACGUCAUGUGGCUCCCCAACUUAUGCUGCACCAGAAUUAGUACAAGGUAAACAGUAUUUAGGUACAGAAGUUGAUGUGUGGGCGAUGGGAGUAUUGUUAUAUACUUUGCUCGCAGGUGCUUUGCCCUUUGAUGAUACAAACAUUGAUAGUUUGUAUAAAAAAAUAUUGGCGGGACGAUACGAGGAACCUCCAUUUUUAUCUCUAGAGAGUCUAAGGUUAAUCAGAUCUAUGCUUCAAGUCGAUCCGAAAAAACGAAUCACCGUUAACAACCUCCUUAAUCAUCAGUGGCUAACUCUUGGUGUUCUCGAGCCAGUCCAAGUAGUAUGUCAGAGUUCCAAAAAUAUUUAUCAGAGAGAAUGCGUCGAAGUUAUGGCUAGUCAUUAUCAAUUAGAAAGUAAAACCUUGUGGCACCAUCUCAGAAAAUGGAAAUAUGAUUAUCAUACGGCUACUUAUCUGUUAUUACUUAGUAAGAAGAAGAAAAAAGGAUCUAAUUUAAAGCUUAAUAAUAUAUCCAGACAAACUUUUAUAGACAUUAAUAAUGAGUGCACUUUAAAUAAACGACAAGUUGUACGUAGACUAAAUAAUUCACCAGUGAAAAUUUCUAGUCCAUGUAAUGAUAAUAAUAGUCAAUGUCAAGAUCUAAAGUUGACACGUUCUCGAAGACAAAUGAAUAGCCAUCGCACUAAUAUACCAAACAAAAAUAAUAACAAUUUCACCGAACCACACAGACCUAGUAUAAGAAAACCAUAUAAAAGAAUAAGAAGUCCGGGACCAGACGAUAAUUCUCCAGUUCCAGCCAAAAAAAUGUCUACCGACUCAACGCCAAUCAGCACACCAGACAGAAAAAUACCAGCUACUAACUCAGAUACACCUUGUUCUGCUCGAAGAGUUUUGGGGAGCAUAGAACGUUCCAUUCAAAAAGUAGUUCAUGUACUAACACCAAGAAAAAUUGAAGAUUCUUUCUCUAGUCGUCCAGCUGUUCUAACAAACAAAGAAUUAUUUAAUGUAUCGACAACACAAUGUAGAGAUCCAGAAUUCGUAAUUGCUGAGCUUACAAAAGCUUUAGAAAAGAAAGGUGUAUUUUGUAAACGAAAGGGUUUCAUCUUAAGAGGGAAGUUAGAACCAUCUUCCAAACAAAACCUGGGAGAAUGUUCCUUCGAAUUACAUAUAUGUUUCUUACCAGAUCUCAGUGUAAAUCCUCACCAAUCUAAAAGUACAACACCGACCAAGUCGAUUUUAAAAAAAGCCAUUAGCAGCACUCCACCGAAUACUCGAAGAAACAAAGAAAAUCAAACUAAUGGUUUUGUAGGGAUCAGAAGAAAACGCCUUCGAGGUGAUUCGUGGUGCUACAAGAAAGUUUGCGAAGAAGUUUUGGCAUUAACUUCUAAGGAGUUCGCUGCAUUUUCAGAAUCAGCAGUUUAAUGUUAUAAUUUAUAUUUUUUAUUAGUAAAAAUAUUUUCUAACG